AUGGACGCCGUGAACGCGUUCAGCGCGGAGCUUUUCUCCAUGAUUGACAUGAAGCCUCCCAUAUCCAGAGCAAAGAUGAUGUCUGUGACAAAGUCUGCCAUUAAGGCCAUAAAGCUGUACAAACAUGUGGUGCAGCUUGUGGAGAAGUUUGUGAAAAAGUGCAAACCGGACCUGAAGGUGCCGGGUCUGUACGUGGUCGACUCCAUCGUGCGUCAGUCCAGGCAUCAGUUUGGAGUCGACAAGGACGUCUUUGGACCCAGGUUCAUGAAGAACUUCAACGAGACCUUCAACAACCUCUACUGCUGCCCCGAAGAGGACAAGGUAUGUCUGUAG